CGCCUUUGACGCUGAGCAGGCGAGGAGCCCGAGGCACCGUCACGUGGCGCGCACGUGCCUGCCGACGCCCGCUUCCACUGCAGCCGCCCGCGCCGGCCGCCAAGAAAAAAGCUAGCGGAGGAAGUGCUCACUUCCGGCGGGGCCGGGAGCAUCGCCGCUCUGCCUGCCUUCCCGACUAGCUCGCUUUUGCCAGUGCACUGUGAGCCUCCUGCUGUGCGCCAGGGGCGCCAACUCUGCCGCGACAGCGUUCGCUAUUCUCGCAAACCGCCGAGCCGACGCUGUGGGAGGUGGAACAUUGAAGUGUUCCAGGUACCUGUUGUGCGUCCUUCGUGCUUUCCGUUAAGGCUGUGUUCUCUGUGCUAGUGCUCCGCCGACAAAGACAAUUGCCCCGCGUCUUGGGUGCCGUCAUCGUGUUACGCACGUGUGUGUGUCGCAGAAUUUUGUGUCGUUCCACAAUUUGGAGGCCAUUAAUAUCAUCAGUGCGGGAGACGACAAAGAUUUUCAGCGGUGGACUGCAGUGGAUAGUUUUCUGCAUGUAUUCCCGAUCAGUUCAGCAUCAUCAUCAGUACGCAGUUACAAGUAACAAUUGUGCGCGUGGGUGUUAGGCUGCGAUGAAAGCUGAUUUACUUGACUGGGCGUGAUGACGUCGUGCCACUGAAGACUACUUUGCCGAAGAUGGAUGCCGAACUGAUGCGUGCCGCGACCAGCAACGCCUGUGCCCUGACAACACAUCGCUGCAGCGGCGGCAGUUCGCCCGCCGCCCGAUGCUGCCGCGUCCCCAGAUAGGGGCAUGCCGUCUCCUCUGCCGUGUCUCUGCUCCACGGACCCGGCGCUGGGUCCACCCGGGCUCUUCUGCGGGACGUAGUCUCAGAGGCGACCAUCUGGUCGACACCUGUCCGGAACCUCACCGAGCGGCGAGGUGUCUGCCCGAGCCUAGUGAGCGUGGACUCUCGCGUCUUUCGUGACAACACGAUUCUAGGCGGAGUGCUUCGCGAAUUACCCACAAUACCAAAGCGUUUACCUAUUUAGGGAAGUGUCAAGGCUGAUCGAGAGAGAGAAACAUUUGUUUUGACGCUCCCGCAGUUACCUGUUUAUAGCCAAAGCAGUAGUCGAGAUAAGUUCCCAAGUGUCAGGCAGUAUUACCGAAUGGCCUACCAUUCACUUCAGGUGCUGUGAGUCUUAGAGUAAUUAGUGGCCUUAGUGUGGACAGGAUCCUCAAAUAACUGGACGUGAGAGGAGCGUUCCCUCAGUUCUCAGUCACGGUUAUUUGCAGACUGUCGUGAUCAGUGGGAAAGACACAGCAAGAAAAGUUCCUCGUUUAUAUCUAAGUGAUAGUAAUUAGCGUCGUUGAAGACUACCAUAGGGAAUAUACCUGUUCACCGCAAAUUGUCGUCCACAGUAUAUUUAUACUUCGAUCCGUCUCAAGAGCUGUGUAGAGUAACUCAAGCGCCAGUUAAUAACACACCACUUUUUUGCUACCGAGAGAGGCGUGUUUUUUGUGUUAUUCUUUUAAGGUGGUUACGAGGAGGGGGAGAGUCUAGAAACCUUCCAGUUGGGGAGCUGUGUUGACACGCGACGGUACCUGUUUUGCCAUGGCGCCGGCUGCAGACCAGUGAGAUGUCGUCCCCCGAGGGCAACACGGCUGCUGCGGUGGCGACUGCGGCUGUGGGGGCGGCGCCUGCGGGCGGCGUGGGCGACGCGCCGCCCGCUGGGGGCAGCAAGCGCUUCUUCUGCAGGGAGUGGGCGUUCGCCAAGCUGGCGCACUCGCUGGAGCAGCACCAGAGGGCCUCCGCAGGCGGCAAGGGCGCGGGCUCUGGAGGCACCGUAAUCGUGGGCGGUCCGGGCACGGGCAAGACGGCACUGUGCCGGGAGCUGGUGUGGCCGCGCGCGGGCCCCUCCGGGCGGCAGCAGCGCGCGCUGCGGCGCCGGCUGCUCGCCUUCCACUUCUGCCAGGCGGCCGACGAGGCGACGCUGGCGCCCGCCAACUUCGUGCGCGCGCUCGUCGCGCAGCUGCUGGCGCGCUCGCAGCCGCCGCCGCCCGCGCCCGCCGACGCCGCCACCUCGCCCUCGUCGCCGCACCUGCCCAAGGCGUUCGGCGCCACCGCCGACGGAUACGCAGAGAAGGUGCGCACGGACCCCGAGAUCGUGGCGGCGCUGCGGCCGGAGAGCGUUGAGCGCGACCCUGACGAGGCCCUGAAGCGUGCCGUGCUGUUCCCGCUGCUGGAGCUGGAGCCGCCGCGGCACGCGCUCUUCCUGCUCGUCGACUCAAUCGACGAGGCGCAGACCUCCUCCGCCGGCGGCUCCUCGCUGGCCUCGGGCAGCGGGGGCGGCGGGGGCGGCAGCAACAGCAGCAGCGCGCGCCGCGGCAGCGCGGGCGGGGGGCCGUCGCGCACCGUGGCAGAACUACUCGCCGCCACGCACCACCUCUUCCCGCACUGGCUCGCCCUCGUCUGCACCGCUCGCAGGCACAGCCGCGCGGUGGCACGCCUGUUCGCGGGCUUCCGGCGCAUCGCGCUGGACGACCUGCGCAAGUCGCAGGUGGUGCGCGACGUCCAGCAGUACAUCCUGGCGCGGCUCGACCAGGAGGACGCGCUGCGGCAGCACAUCAGCCGCGACACCGCCGAGAUGCUCAACCAGCUGCACAUCAAGAGCAACGGCUGCUUCCUCUACCUCGAGAAGGUGCUCGACGGCGUCGCUGAGAACUUCAUCGUGCUCAGGGAGGUUCGCGAAAUACCGGGAACUCUGAAUGGCCUGUACCUGUGGCUGUGCCAGCGGCUGUUCAGCAGGAAACAGUUCGCCAAGGUUCAGCCACUGCUCAACGCAAUGCUAGCUGCGAGGCGGCCUCUGUCCCACGACGCGCUCUUCCGGUGUGUGAGGGUGCACAACUGCCAGAUCACGAGAGAAGACUUUGCCAGAAGACUGCACCUCUUGAGGAGAGUACUCGCACAGGGUGGCAGCAGCGGGAGCCCACCACAGCUCUUCCACCACAGUUUCGCCGAGUGGCUGCUCGACGUGAAGCACUGCACGCAGAAGUACUUGUGCUCUGCUGCGGCGGGUCACGGCAUGCUGGCCGUGUCGCUCUCCCAGUUUGGGCGGCAGCUCCCCGUGGAGGAGGUCCCGUCAUUGGCCAUGCACAUGGUCCGGUCGCAGUGGCCGCCACCGCAGCCACAGCCGGCAGCACAGGUGCAGGCCCUGCCUGCUGGCCUUGACCCGCACACUGUGCUCGUGCUGUGGCUCAUUGACAGUGGGGCACCUGUUGAAGACUGUCUGUUAGAGGUUGAUGACGGAGACUACACAACAGCAAAUGCAUGGAGGACGCUGCCACUGCCGAAGGACAACAGGGUGCUGAGGCUCCUGGCAGAUGCAGGGGCCAGGGUGCCUACAGAGGAGCAAGUCCAUAGUGAUGCGGCCUUAUCAACAGCCUUAGACAUUAGUACCUUAGCUAUCAUAGAUAGCACGGAAGAUGUAGCACUUUCUAGUCAGAUAUCCGUAGAUGGCAACGCCAGCCCUCUACGCCCUAUCUCCCCCGUAGAUCCAUUGCUGGAACUACUGGGGGCAGACGGAGAUGUGAACCGAGCCGACUCUGGUGGCAGGACGCUGCUGCACGCCCUCGCUGCCGAGGGAGAUGCAGCUCUACUGGCACUGGCAGCCGCCAGGCCUGGCGCUUGUCUGGAGGCGACUGACAGACAUGGCCAGACACCUCUGAAUCUGGCUGCGAGGCAUGGGCAUGCUGCAGUUGUGGCAGCCCUGUUGGCGGCAGGGGCGCGCGCGGACCAUGCGGACUGUGAUGGCUGGACCGCACUCAGGGCUGCAGCCUGGGGUGGUCACACUCAGGUUGUGGAAGCACUUCUGGCACACGGUGCAGCUGUUGACUGUGCAGACUCUGACCAGAGGACAGCACUGCGAGCUGCCGCAUGGGGAGGACAUGAGGACAUCGUCCUGGCCCUGCUUCGACACGGUGCUGACGUAAAUCGAACAGAUGAUGAGGGGCGAACGGCCUUGAUUGCUGCAGCAUAUAUGGGUCAUUCUGAGAUAGUUGAGCAUUUGCUCGACUUUGGAGCAGAGAUCAACCAUGAAGAUGCUGAUGGUCGAACAGCACUGUCUGUAGCAGCUCUCUGUGUGCCUGCAAAUGAAGGAUAUGUGAAGGUAGUAAAUAUCCUCCUUGAACGUGGAGCUGCUGUGGACCACCAGGAUAAAGAUGGAAUGACCCCACUGCUGGUUGCUGCCUUUGAAGGUCACAGGGAUGUUUGUGAAUUACUUCUGGAGUACGAGGCUGAUGUUGACCACGCAGAUCGAGCAGGUCGCACUCCACUGUGGGCUGCGUCAUCCAUGGGGCAUUCAUCGGUAGUGGAGCUGCUUCUGUUCUGGGGCUGUUAUGUUGAUAGCAUUGACCCUGAAGGGCGUACUGUGCUGAGUGUUGCUGCUGCACAAGGUGGCACCGAUGUUGUCCGGCAGCUGCUCGACAGGGGGUUAGAUGAACAGCAUCGAGAUAAUUCUGGAUGGACUCCAUUGCAUUAUGCAGCAUUUGAAGGUCAUAAGGAUGUGUGUGAAGCUCUCCUGGAGGCAGGAGCAAGGGUGGAUGAAGCGGACAAUGACGGGAAAGGCCCGCUGCUGCUGGCCGCCCAGGAAGGGCACUCGCUGCUAGUGGAGAUGCUGCUCUCAGAGCAUGCUGCCCCUCCUGACCAGCGUGCACAUGAUGGGAAAACUGCCCUCAGGUUAGCAGCAGUGGAAGGUCACAGUGAUGUUGUGAUCAGCCUUCUGGCCCACGGUGCUGAUGUUAAUGUAUUAGAUGCAGACGGACGGAGCACUCUCUAUGUUCUUGCUCUUGAGAACAGAUUGGCCAUGGCAAGGCUGUUAUUAGAGGAGGGGAAUGCAGAUGUUGAAACAAGAGAUUCUGAGGGUCGUACCCCGUUGCACGUAAGUGCAUGGCAGGGACAUGCAGAAAUGGUGGCACUACUGCUGACUGUUGGAGGUGCAGAUGUUGAUGCCACAGACAAUGAGAACCGUACAGCACUGCACUCGGCUUCAUGGCAGGGACAUGCGGCCAUUGUGCAGCUGCUUCUGGAACAUGGGGCAAGACCUGACCACACGUGUAAUCAGGGGGCCACUGCACUAGGUAUAGCAGCUCAGGAGGGACAUGAAGGCUGUGUCCGUGCACUCCUAGAGCAUGGUGCAGAUCCUAAUCACUCUGAUCGCUGUGGCCGCAACGCUCUACGCGUCGCUGCCAAGAGCGGUCAUGAGGGUGUCGUGAGACUCCUUGAGGAGUUUUCUCUUUCGCACAGGACAUCACAAGCCAGAAGUACUAGUGGAGGUGGCAGCAGCAGUGCAACCUCGCUGACUUCGGGUUCAACAGCAGAGACGAAACCUUCUUCGGCAGUGCUGUGCCCUCCGGGGCCGGGGCCUUGCCGAAGUUGCUCACCUGUCGAGUCUCCGGACUCUGGCAAGCGGCGCUCCUUUGUGUCACUUGGUAACAACUCCAGCAACAGCAAGUCCAGCAGCAACUUCACUGGCUCUACAAAGAGCUCGCAGAGAUCCCAGGAGCCCGGGACUGCUGGUGGUACGAGCACUGCUAGUACUGCUUUAGGAGCUCCGUCUACACCGAUGCAGCAUCCUCAACAUCAGGCUGUACUGUCAUUCACGCAACAACUACAACAGUGUUCGAGGGGUACGAGAACCCGCCCACUGAGCCGGCUGCUGUCACCACUGCAGUCGGAGCCUCAGAGCCCAAUCUACGCUUCACCGCCCCAUUCGCCUCUGAGUGAUGUGGCGGUGCCUAGCUCUCCUCUUGCCCUGAACCCCGCAGCUCUUGCACCACAGCACCAGCAGUUGCCGCUUCAGCAGCAGCAGACAGGGCUGCACAAGGGAGGCCUGCUCACGACGACUGCAUCCCUAAUGGCAGAUUCGCACUUUGCACGUGACACGCACAUGAGGAUAAUUCUUGGUAACAGCUCAGGCACUGAGGGACGAGGACCUCCAGGUCUUCUGUCACCUCAGGUUGCAUCUGAGUGCACAAAUUCCAAGUUUGGUGGCGGGACUGCAUCCCCAAUGGCAGACUCACAAAGUGACACGCACAUGAGGAUAAUUCUUGGUAAAAGCUCAAGCACUGAGGGACGAGGACCUCCAAGUCUUCUGUCAUCUCAGAUUGCAUCUGAAUGCACAAAUUCCAAGUUUGGUGGCGGGAACGCAUCCCUAAUGGCAGACCCCCACUUUGCACGUGACACACACAUGAGGAUAAUUCUCGGUAACAGUGCGAGUGCUGUGGGUCGAGGACCUCCAGGUCUUCUGUCAUCUCAGGGUGCAUCUGAAUACACAAAUGCCAACUCUGGUGGCGGGUACAAAAUAUGGAAUGCUGGGAUGCUUCAAAAACAUGUCAAGAUAGGCACAAGAUCAUCACUUAUGAAGGCAACAGCAAAAGUCUGGCUGAAACACAGAAAAAGAGGACUACUGAAGCCACGGCGAAAUGGCAUUGUGACAAAUCCUGCCCUACGAAUUGUGGCAGGUGUGAAGAAUGGACUGGAUGCUGCAGCAGGGCGGAAACAUACCACAGCAGCAAGCCGUUUGCAACAACCGAAGAACAAUGGCUUUCAGUGGCGUAAGGAAACUCCCCUCUGAGAUGAUUGGUGAUCCCAGCUUUCUGUGAAAGAAGAGGAUAUAUAAAAUACAUAAUAUGUGACCUCUUGUCAAUGCCAUAUUCUUUGUAGACAGGGAAGUGUUUAUCUAGAGUGUGAAUGUAAAUAACAGCAAACCUUUGUUUUGUAUUUUUAUCAAGAGUAAUUUAAACUGGUCUAUGUUUAAGUAAAAUCAAAUCUGUUGUGAGCUCUCUUUAAGAGUGUUUCUUAUUUGUACAGCACAAUAGUCAUUAUUUUGUAGAUGUCGUUUUGCAAGCGUAGUUUUUAAGCUGUGUUUAGAAGACUUAAAACUGGGUUUAGUGUGAAAUAAGCUUUGCCACAUGAACUUCAGUAUGUAAGGAGCAAUCUGAGAGUAAGAAACUUGCAGAUCUUGGUGUUGACUGGGCAUUUUUUUUAGAAGUAAAUGGGUAUGAAUACUCAUUGGUCUAAUAUAUAACACAGUCUCAUAGGUUCCUAAGUGUCUGAGCUGAUGGUCAGUUAAUAUUUACCCCACUAUUCAUUUUUCAUUGGACCACUGACAUCAGUUGAAUAUGUAUAUAAUCUCAGUGAUCCAAGUGCAGUUUCAUAAUUGAAAUCAGGAGAAUGAUUUCCUAAAUUAGCUUGUAGUUUGCCACUGUAAAUAGACAUCUAAUAAUGAUAGUAAUUUUGUGUUUCGUGUUAUUUAUUGUACAAAUAAUGUUUUAAAUGCCUUUUAUGUCUGUGUAUUUGAUGUCGGUCCUUCUUUGCUAAUUUUCAUUUUCCUGGAAUUGUGAUAAAUGUUUUCAGCUCUUAUUUGGUGUUAGUAGAUGUUACACCUAAUCCAGAUACCAUGUGAUAAAGUUUAGUAUACAUGUAUAGAAUUUAAAAGACAAAUAUCUGUUAAGAAUUAGAACUGUUAUUUACUUUAAAUUUUCAGAGACAAUUAAAGGAGUUGUGUAAAAAACUAUAUAUAGACUAUUGUUAGCACAGUGUAUAAUUGAUAGUGUUGCAUAUAUUUGAGAAAGCCAAAUGUAAUUGAAAAACAUAAAUGUUAAGCACAUCUUAUUUAUUUGUGGUUGAAUAUACAAUUGAUCUCAUUCUUUUAUAGAAAUACAUGUUCUUUAUAUCAAGGAACACUGCUGACAUUGUGAUUAAAAAGUGCUGAAGUGCCAUUUAAGAAGCUAUAAAAUACAUGUAUUCUUCUCAAGCAUUACUAGAAUCUGAGGAACCAUCUAAAGCUCCAGUAAUUAAUGUCAAAUGGAAGUCAGUAAAAGAAAUUUUGUAUAAAGAGAUGACUCACUGUGGAGAAAACAUUCAGAAAAAUUGGACAGCUUCUUGCACAAUUUUCGCAGCUUGAGAUGCUGUUGGAAGCUAGAGCCCAACUAAGCUUUACCCUGUGGAUCUAAAUUGCUUGGGCUGCGAAAAUGGUGAUAGAAAUCUUACUGUGCUGGAAGAAUGCAUGGACUAUUAGAUCCAUUGAUUUAUUGAUGGAAGUACACUCUUGUACUGUUGGAGACUGAUGUAUUUUGACACUGAAAUUGUCCAGUAUCAUUGAAUUUUCAUUUGCCAAAUACUUUCACUAUGAAGAGAUGUAAAUAGCCAUAAUAUAAAGUAUAUUCCACAUCGGUGAUUUUUUUAUAAGAAUUAAACCUUAUACCUGAUUACAUUGUGUUACACCUACAGUUGAAUGUGUAUGAAAUAAUUGUACAUUAUUUAUUGUAAUUUUCUCUUGCCAAAAUUUGAUAUUCCUUAAAGCCCUUUUCCAUAAGGCAUUAAAAGAAAGGAGCUUCAAACCGAUGUAAAAUUAACCUGGUUAUUUCAGAAAAAACAUUUGUAUUUUCAUGUGUAAAAUAACAACAUAAAUACAAGACUAUCAAAAUAGAAGGCAAUAAUAAUUUUUUGUAAUGUUUUGAAGUUUAACAUUGGUAUGACAGUAAAUAAUGAAGAUUAACAAAAAUUACAUUCCUGGAACAUCGGUCUAAGAAUGUAUCAAGAAUUGACUAUUACAUGUAGAAAAGAAAAUUACUUUUAAAAUAUGAAUGUAUUUUCAAUGAAGGUUGAAUGUUUUGUGAGAUGCUUAGGGGCCUACAUACAUAAUUACUGUAUUCUUGUCAUUAAUAUGAGCUGCCAAGCAAAUGUAUUACUACUACUAUUAUUAUUACUGAUAUUAGUUGGAAAAAUCUUUUUUCCUGAAGUUGUUUAUUUUUGUUACUGAAUUUUGAUCUGUUUCUUUUGAAUUUCUGCUAAUUUAAGUCAUGAGGAAAUAUAACAAUUUUGUAAUUUAUGUACUUUAUGUACUCCGUGGAACAAUGCUUUGAGAAGAUAAGAAAGAAACUACCUUGUGUUGUAAAAGUCAUGGCUGAAACAUAAAAACUUC